CUUCCCCAGCCACAACCUUAUAAAUUUGGAUACUCUAUUAAGGAUGUGAGCAGUCAACAAUACAGGGAAGAAGCCGGCAAUGGAGCUGGUGUCGUUACUGGAAGUUAUGGCUUCACAGAUGCUAAUGGUAUACAGAGGCAAGUCAACUAUAUUGCUGAUGCUGCUGGGUUUAGAGCCCAAGUCAAGACCAACGAACCUGGCACAGCGAACCAAAAUCCAGCUGAUGUUGAAGUUAUAUCUAACACCCCUGUGACUACCAAAUUAAUAAAACCUGUUGUUGGCCCACAAUUAGUGAAGGUCAAUCCUACCGUCAGUCUUGGAGCCAUUAGAAAUCAAGUGCUGAGUAACCAACUCUUAAACAGCGACAUUAACACUAGAAUCUUAAACAAUGGUCUACUGAACAAUGGACUCUUGAAUAACAGAUUGCUGAACAGAGAACUCUUGAAUAAUGGAGUCUUGAACACGCGACUUUUGAACAAUAAUGUUUUAAAUAAUGGAUUAUUGGCUAAUGGAGUCUUGAACAGCAAUAUUUUAAAUAAUGGAUUGUUCACUAAUGGAAUCUUGAACACAGGAUUUUUGAAUAGCAAUGUUUUAAAUAAUGGAAUCUUAAAUACUGGUCUGUUAAAUAGAGGAUUGAAUGUUAAUGCGAAUAUAUUAAACGGAGCAUUAGGAUACAGUAACUUCCUUCUGGGUGGCCCCUCUUCUGCUGAUUUCUUGAAUGACGGAACAGUCGUUUAUGGAAUACCAUUGGCUGGUGGUGCCCUUCGAGGUUACUACGGUAGAAGUAAUGUAUAAUUUCAUAAAUAAUUUCCUGAGCACUUGAUCUUCGUUGACGUUUAUCAUGAAGAGAAAUAUUUACAUGGGUUGAUUCCCAAAUUUUUUUUUAGGGGAAAAUCCCUUUUCUCUCUUUUUUUUCUUUUCUUGCAGCUUCUCUGUUUACUGUUCAAUAAUCUCUCUUUCUCGAGAGGAAAAAUAUAUCUUGAGAAUUUAAAUGCUUAUAUGAGCUUCUUAUAUUUCAGUUUCACAUCUAAGUACGUAUAAUCUUAUGCCGUAUCUAAGUACUAAGUACGUAUAAUCUUAUGCCGAAAAGACGAAAUCAACUUGUUAAAACAGCAGCUUCUUUUUCUUCGUAGCUUUCAUAAAUUUUCUUGUCAUCCUUUAUGAUGCUGAAACAAGAUUUUAGUAUUUCAAUCUGAAUAAAAUUAUUUUAUGAUGUAA